AUGCCGGAGUCUCUUUCUCAUUCUGAUUUUCAACCUAAACAUUCCCACCACUGUCCUUCUUUUGGCAAAAUAUUUGGUGCCUUUUACUUUGCUUUUGAAACAGAGCAGCUGGUGACUCUUUGGAUUCUCUUUAUUGCCACAAUUGCUGGAAACGCCAUCGUGCUCUUCUCUACCUGGAGGAGGAAACGGAAAUCUCGAAUGACCUUCUUUGUUACGCAGCUGGCAAUCACAGAUUCAUUCACGGGACUCAUAAACAUAAUGACUGACAUCAUUUGGCGCUACACUGGAGAUUUCAUGGCUCCUGAUAUUGUUUGCAGAGUCGUUCGCUACUUCCAGGUGGUCCUUUUAUAUGCCUCGACUUACGUCCUCGUGUCAUUAAGCAUAGACCGGUAUCACGCCAUAGUUUACCCAAUGAAGUUCUUGCAAGGAGAAAGACAGGCGAAAGUUCUUAUUGGAGUGGCCUGGAGCCUCUCUUUCCUGUUUUCCAUACCAACUCUGAUUAUUUUUGGGAAACGGAAGCUCUCCAACGGGGAAGUGCAGUGCUGGGCUCUCUGGCCUGAUGACUCCUACUGGAUACCCUACAUGACGGUGGUGGCUUUCCUGGUGUACUUCAUUCCUCUGAUCAUUAUCAGCGUCAUAUACUCAAUCGUGAUCCGAACCAUCUGGAUGAAGAGCAAAGCUCAGGCUGUCAUCAUAGCCAGCUGCCCUGGUGGCAAAACUUCUGCUGGCUACACCAGUCGUAGGUUUAUAUCCAGGGCAAAAGUGAAAGCGAUCAAGUACAGCUUCGUGAUCAUCCUUGCAUUUGUCCUCUGUUGGAGCCCUUAUUUUCUUUUUGAUAUCCUGGACAACUUCAACAUACUCCCUGAGACUAAAGAGCGCUUCUAUGCAUCCGUGAUCAUCCAGAACCUGCCAGCCUUGAACAGUGCCAUCAACCCCAUCAUCUACUGCCUCUUCAGCAACCACCUCUGCUCCCCUUUUGAGUAUCUAAGAACACGAAGGCUUGAGGGAACUUUCCGGGACAGGAGUGAUGGAGGGCAGGAGAUGCAGGUCUUGUCCAAACCAGAACACAUCUAG